AUGUUGAAAAACCAUUUUAUUUGUUACCUACAGGUUAUUGUUGUGGCUUUUAAGAACCGAAAGUUGUCACUGCCGGAGUCACAUGGAGAACUAUAUGAAAUCAGUGAUAAAGAUGCUACAACAGAAAAGAUUGCCCACACCAACCAAAUGAGGUUUCUAGACAAAGCGGCAAUUAUCCAAGAAAACUCAAAACCCGAAGCAUGGAAAGUGUGCACAGUGACACAAGUUGAAGAGGUGAAGAUCCUAACAAGAAUGUUACCGAUAGUAGCCAGUACCAUUAUACUGAACACUUGUAUGGCACAGCUUCAAACAUUCUCAGUUCAACAAGGGAAUAUAAUGAACCUGAAACUUGGGUCCCUCACAGUGCCUGCACCAUCCAUUCCCGUUAUCCCCCUUGUCUUCAUAAGUGUCCUAGUUCCAUUGUAUGAAUUAUUUUUUGUGCCAAUUGCAAGAAAAAUCACUCACCACCCUUCAGGCAUAACACAGCUCCAAAGGGUAGGGGUGGGGUUGGUACUCUCAGCAAUAUCAAUGGCAGUGGCUGGGGUUGUGGAAGUGAAAAGAAGGGACCAAGGAAGGAAAGACCCUUCUAGGCCUAUAAGCCUAUUUUGGCUUUCAUUUCAGUAUGGUAUAUUUGGCAUUGCGGAUAUGUUCACCCUUGUGGGAUUAUUGGAAUUCUUUUACAGGGAAUCACCUGCUAACAUGAAAUCACUUUCAACCUCUUUCACGUGGUUGUCUACAGCUCUUGGUUACUUCUUGAGCACAGUCUUUGUCAAUGUCAUCAAUGCUGUCACCAAAAGGAUCACUCCAAGCAAACAAGGGUGGUUGCAUGGCUUCGACUUGAACCAAAACAACCUUAACUUGUUCUAUUGGUUCCUAGCCACCCUCAGUUGCCUUAACUUUUUUAACUACCUCUAUUGGGCCUCAAAAUACAAGUACAAAUGUGAAGACUCCGGUCCAGGUUUUAAGGCUUUGGGUGAAAUGCCUCUCAAAAGGGUUGAGAGAAAAGAAGAUUACGGCAGUGAUAGAGAAUGA